AUGAAAACCUUACAUACCACCUCUAUUACCAGUUUGCCCUUGCUUGCCCGCGGCAAGGUGCGCGAUAACUAUGCCGUAGGUGAUAAGCGCAUUUUGAUGAUUGCCAGCGAUCGGAUCUCUGCUUUUGAUGUCAUCAUGAGUGAACCCAUCCCUGAGAAAGGCAUCAUCCUCACGCAAAUGGCGCUGUUUUGGUUUGACAAAUUGGGCGGUAUUUGUCCCAAUCAUUUAACUGGUGAGCAGCCCGAAAGCGUGGUAACUGAGGCUGAGCGCCCCCAGGUCAGCGGUGGGCGUGCGAUGCUGGUCAAACGCCUAAAGCCCAUCCCCGUAGAGGCUGUGGUGCGCGGUUACUUGGCCGGUAGUGGUUGGGCAGAAUACCAGGUCACACAAAGCGUCUGUGGUGUGCCCUUGCCUGCGGGCCUGGGUAAUGCGGCGCAAUUGCCUGAGCCCAUUUUUACCCCGGCCGCGAAAGCUGAAGUUGGUGAACACGAUGAGAAUAUCCACUACGAACAGGUUGUAGCCGUAGUCGGCGAGAAGUUGGCCGCACAAAUUCGCGAUACCAGCAUUGCCCUGUACACGGCGGCACGCGACUAUGCAGCGACCAAGGGCAUUAUCAUUGCCGACACCAAAUUUGAAUUUGGCUUGGAUGAAGAUGGCACCCUGACACUAAUGGAUGAGGUGCUCACACCCGACUCCUCCCGUUUUUGGCCUGCUGAUAGCUAUGCUGCGGCACUGGCCACUGGCAAAAACCCCCCCCAGCUUUGA